AUGACUGAUAAUGUCACGAUUGGCGAAAUGUCUGGCAAUGUGCUGAUGGAUCUGAGCAUCAUGGCGGAGGAGGUGAUCGGGCCGUUGCUCUGUAAUCCAGAGAACCAGAAGGGCUGGCCGAAAAUCGUCUGCAACGACAUGAAGCGGCACAUUGAUGAGCUCAGGAAUCUGAUGCACCAGCUAAAAGGUGAAAUGACCAGUCAAGUGAUGCUGCCCAUGCCAACGGGAGUAGAAAACAUUUUUCAAGCUGAAGCUAGGUUCCGAGAAAGUGACGGUGAAGAUCUAGACUUGCAUCUCAAGACCAACAUCGAAGGCGCAGUUAUAAAGUGGACUCAGCAGAUCCAUGACUUGCUUUCAGAGGAUUCUUACAUAGCAUUCAAACGGACCAAGUUUCCUUUACCAACGGCUGACUUGGAUUUCUACGCGCACAGACUGAAGAACCUAGAGGGGAUCUAUUCUCAACUCCGUGACCCUCGCGUAAAGCGCAUGGCUUCUUACCUCGAAGCCACAGAGAGCGUCUAUCUGGAGUGCUUCAAGAAUUUGCUGACCAAUGUUGUUGCUGGCGUAGUAGAAUGCCGAGACAUCUACGUGUACCAGCGACCCCUACAGUCUCAUUUUGAGAACUUCGAAGGCACAGACUUUCAAGACGCCAAGCCGAACAUCCGACCCAUGUUCCACUGUAUCGGCCUGCUGUGGGGCAACUCUAGAUACUUCUGCAAUGUUGAGAAACUUAUACCUCUGCUCCGUGAGGUGUGCAACCUAGUCAUAAUGCAGUGCUCUAACUCCAUCGACCCGCCGUCCCUCUUCCAAGGAGAGGCCGACGAACAGCUGAUCAAACUGCGAAAGGGCCUGACUAAUUUGAACCAUUUUAUCGCCACCUACGAAAUGAACCGCGACAAAAUAGAAACCUUCUUCCCGCCCGGCAUCACGCCCGUCCGCUGGUCGUUCAACUUCGACCGCGUGUUCAUGCGGUUCGUCACCUACAUGAAGCGGCUGCAAAUGAUCGAAUCUAUACUUGAGGCUACUGUGGAGAUAUUGAAACUAGAGAAAGUGGAGUUUUGUGGAAUAAGGGGGAAGAUUAUUAGCGUGGAAUGCAUGAAGGUGUUAGAGGACUACACACUCAUCUACCAGAACCUCGGCAACAUAACCUACGACCCGGCAGACCCGGAGGACAACAGCUUCCUCCCGGACUACGAGAAGCACAUGGGCGUGCUCAAUCAAAUGGAUCGAAGGCUGGCUUCGCUGUUCUCACAGGGGCUCGAUGAGUGCAAUAACAUGGCGCAAGUGUUUAAAUUCUUCCAAAUCAUCGGAGACUUGUAUCACCGCCCUAUAAUUAAGGCCGAAAUUCAACCAAAAUUGCAGAAGUUGAUGGAUAUGAUGCACGAGAAUUUAGACUAUGUGAAAGAAAUCUUUGACGAAGAAAUGGCGAAAAUGGGCAAAAGCCAAGACAGACCUAUGGUGGACUCGUACCUGCCGCCCGUCGCUGGCAUGAUGUGGUGGAUCAACAAACUGCGAAAGAGGAUCGAAGACCCCGUACAGGAGUUCGUGGUCAUAGAAGAUCCCAUAGUACAAUCAGACUCUGCCCUAUACAUGCGGCAGAAGGCAAACGAGAUGCUUGGCUACCUUAACGCUGUGGACGACAAGUCGUUCAAAGCGUGGUGCGCCACUGUACCGGGAAUAUGUAAAAUGCAUUUGGCGAAGAACCUCAUUUAUAGAGACCCGCCGUUUGUGAGAAAUAACUUUAGUCCUGAGUUGGAAAUGCUGUUGCGUGAAAUCCGCCAUAUGAUGUACUUGAAUAAGCAGGGCAUACCUCCAGAUGGUUUGGAGCUGUAUGCUCGAAAUGAAAAGUUACAGUAUGAUCUGAAUCGCCUUAACCGAGCCAUAUCAUGGUACAACGCCAUUCGAGAAGGCAGCCACGAGACAGAAGUGGCUCUAAUCGAGAAAGAGAUCUCGGCUAUCGACGAUCUGCUGGGCCGUGGCGUCGAGGAGUACACUUGGAAUGACGACUUUACUGAAUGGAUGGCGGAAGUGUACGCAGCCAUCAACACGCUCCAAGAGCGAGUGCUCAGGGCCCAGAACAACAUGAAAGACGGGCUCAAGAACAUCGCGGCCUGGGGCGACAUACCUCUAUACAACCGCAAGGAGAACCGCUCCAGGGUCAACGUCAAAGGGGAACUGCUGGCCGUGUCUGAGAGGCAUCCCAGAUUUGUAUCCAGACGGAAUAAAAUACUUAAAAGUCACGAAGAAUUCCAAAACAUCUUGGCCACCAAUUACAAGUUGUUCUUCAAUAUUAAGGAAGAUACAGAGUCACUCGACGAUGAAGAAGAAUUGGAGGAAGUAGACGAAGCGACCAUGGACGACGAAGAAAAGGCAGCCCGAGCAGCGAAGCUCAAAGAAAUCGCAGACCGGCGCGAAGCAAAGCGCAUCGCCAGAGAAGAGAGAGAAGCGGAGAAAGCGGAAGCGGAAGCCAUUAAGCAAGAAAGGAGGGCGCUCAGGAGGGCUAAGAGGGAAGCUAAGGAAGCGGAGGCUGAGCGGCAAGCUCAACGAGACGCUGGUGAUGCAGUGGAUUCCCCGGCCGAGGAGGAUGAAGAAAUAACGGACCCUGAAGAGUUGGCUGAUAUUGAACUUGAAAAACAAGAGAUCGAAGAAGAGAACUUUAGGGCGGCACGUUGGCCCGCGUACGUGGAAUACGUUGAUUCUUUGGUAUCAAAACAAGUCAUGAAAGCGAUUAAAAGUAGCAUUGAUCUUUUUGAAAUCAACACGGACUUGGAAAAGGGACCCCAAGUUGCAUUUAUGAGAGUUACAGCAGAAUUGAGAGAUCCAGAUAUAUAUUUCUCGCCAUCGCUAGAAUUGGGAGACGAAGAUGGCCUGUACGAUACACUCCGGGAAAUGAUGAAAGACAUGUUCCUUCAGGCUACUCUGUUCCCUAGGAUCGACCCAAUCGUACCGAUCGCUUCGUAUGAAGAUGACAUAGCGAGAGAAGAUGCUUUGAUUGACCAGUACCAUGAUAUUCUGAAGAGGGUUGAAAAUGCCAUUAAUGAUAUCGUAUCAUACGCCUCGAAAUACGAAAAAUACACGCCUCUCUGGCUAGAGGACCGCCAAGAAGUGCUGGCAGGCUUCCUGCAGUACGGCCGCGUGAUUCCCCCGGAGGAGUUCGACAAGUACGUGUACGAGAACGGCACGCCGCCGCCGGAGACCAAGCCGAAACUAGCGAAUUACCAAAAUGAGAUCGACAAAUAUAAUGCACUGUACGACGAAGUGGCGGCACUGCCACGCAGCUACCUGUGCAAUGGGUGGUUGGAGCUCGACCUUAAACUGCUGAACCAAGCCAUCAUGAACAUCAUCUGCAAGUGGAGCAACAUGUAUAAACAGAACUUGAAGGACCACGUCCAAACCAGUUUGAACGAGCUACAAGAAUUCAUCGCAUACGCCACGAAGGAGUUAUCCGUGGAGCUAGGCGAGGACGACUACGAAGGACUACUGCAAGUCAUGAGGGUGUUCAACGAGGUGAAGGCGAGAGUCGACGCCGGCACCGACACUAUGUUCGAACCUCUCCGGGACAUUAUCUACGCGCUGAAGGAAUAUGGUGUAGACUUCCCGGAAGAAACUUAUGAACAGCUCGAUAUGCUGCCCGAGAAGUGGCGUAAUCUGCUCAAACUGACCACAGUGAUGAAGCAAAAUGUAGCGCCUCUGCAGGCCGCGCAGGCGGCGCUUAUCGCCAAACGCGUUGCGCUUGUUAAUCUCCGUAUCAGCAUGUACCGGGACUCGUUCAAGAACAAGGAGAUGUUCUUGGAAAGCUGCAGGGAGCCGUACAAGCAGAUCGAUAAAGUAAACCAAGAGGUUUUGGUGUUCGAAAACACCGUGGACCAACUGAAGAAAUCUUCUUCCCUCUUCGACAUCCAACCGCCCGAUGACAAGAUUCUGAAACAAUGCCGACGAGAAGUCAAAAUGUGCAAGCAAUUGUGGGAUUAUUACAAUUUGGUGAUGGGAACUAUCGAGUUUUGGAAGAAGUCGCCGUGGAAAGAGAUUGAUGCUGAUGGUAUGGAUCAGGAAUGCAAACGUUUCACUAAGGAUCUGAGGCAGUUGGAUAAGGAAAUGAGAACUUGGGAGCCAUUCCUCGCAGUUGAAGCUACUAUAAAGAAUUUGAUGACAUCUUUGCGUGCAGUAACAGACCUUCAAAAUCCUGCCAUCAAGGAUAGACAUUGGGUUGAGUUAAUGAUGGCCACUAAGGUGAAAUUCUCCCUCGGUGAUGAAACUACUCUAGCAGAUCUUUUAGCGCUUAAUUUACACAAAUUCGAAGAGGAGGUGAAAACUAUCGUGGAUAAAUCAGUUAAAGAAGCAGCGAUGGAGAAAACACUAAAGGAGCUGGAGAUCACGUGGGCCCAACAAGAGUUCGAUUAUGUACCGCACGAAAGAACAGGAAUCAAGCUACCUAGAGCUAGUGAGGAGCUCGUAGAAAUUCUGGAAGACAACCAGAAUCAAGUUCAAAACAUGAUGUCCUCAAAGUUUGUCGGCUACUUUGAGACCCAGGUCACGGCAUGGCAGAAAAAACUCGGUAUGGCGGACGCCGUGAUUGCCCUUUGGUUUGAGGUGCAGCGCAAGUGGCAGUAUCUCGAGAGCAUCUUCGUCGGAUCCGAUGAUAUCCGCUCACAGUUGCCGGAGGACUCCAAGAGAUUUGAUAAUGUUGACAAAACAUUUAAGGAGCUGUUAAGAGACAUUGGCCAAACUCCAAAUGUGAUCCAAGCUACUAACAAAGCAGGCCUAUUGGACAAAUUGGAGGACCUGAUGAAAGCGCUGAACCUCUGCGAGAAGGCACUUAAUGAUUACUUAGAGACAAAGCGCUUGGCAUACCCAAGAUUUUACUUCGUGUCGUCAGCAGAUUUGCUGGAUAUUUUGUCUAAUGGCAACAACCCGCCUGCUGUUGGUCGACAUCUGUCCAAACUAUACGACAAUUUAUCCAAACUAGUAUUUCCGAAUAAAACCAGUAAGCACGCAUUCGAAAUGAUUUCCAAGGAGAAUGAAGAGCACGUACCUUUCAAGGCCCCAUGCUUAGAUUGUUCUGGAAAGGUGGAGGUGUGGUUAAACAGAGUAACCGAUUGUAUGCGCUACACUUUACGUGAUAUUUUUGAGCAUGCAGUAAAAUCGUACGAAGACAAACCUCGAGACGAGUGGGUGUUCGACUGGCCUGCACAGCCGGCACUUGUAGGCACUCAGAUCUGGUGGACCACGGAAACUAACCAAGCGUUUGAAAAAUUGGAAGAAGGUUAUGAAAAUGCGCUCAAAGAUUAUCAAAAGAAACAAAUUAGUCAGUUAAACAAUCUAAUUGUCUUGUUGCUCGGGGAUUUGACCGUUGGCGACCGACAGAAGAUCAUGACCAUCUGUACUAUCGACGUACAUUCACGAGAUGUGGUCGCUAAACUUAUUGCUGCUAAAGUAGAUACGUCCAGUGCUUUCCAGUGGCAAAGUCAAUUGAGACAUCGUUGGGAUUUCAAUAUAAACAACUGUUUCGCCAACAUUUGCGACGCCCAGUUUUUGUAUGAUUACGAGUACUUAGGUAAUACGCCUAGGCUCGUGAUUACGCCGCUAACCGACAGAUGUUAUAUUACAUUAACGCAGAGUUUGCAUUUGAUAAUGGGAGGAGCACCGGCAGGUCCGGCAGGAACUGGCAAAACUGAAACUACGAAGGAUUUAGGAAGGGCGCUCGGAAUAAUGGUGUACGUGUUCAAUUGCUCCGAGCAAAUGGACUACAAGUCUUGUGGAAACAUUUACAAGGGGCUUUGCCAAACCGGUGCUUGGGGAUGUUUCGACGAGUUCAACAGAAUCUCAGUCGAAGUGCUAUCCGUAGUAUCGGUCCAGGUGAAGUCUGUCCUCGACGCGAUCAAGUUCAAAAAGAAGAAGUUUGACUUCAUGGGAGAAUAUAUUACUAUAAUUCCAACCGUGGGAAUGUUCAUUACCAUGAACCCCGGUUACGCCGGCAGGACAGAGUUGCCGGAAAAUCUGAAAGCCUUGUUCAGACCUUGUGCCAUGGUGGUACCCGACUUCGAGUUGAUCUGUGAAAUCAUGUUGGUGGCCGAAGGUUUCCAAGAGGCCCGCUUGUUAGCGCGUAAAUUCAUCACGCUUUACACAUUGUGCCGAGAGCUGUUAUCAAAACAGGACCACUACGAUUGGGGCUUGCGGGCCAUUAAAUCUGUGUUGGUCGUUGCCGGUUCGCUGAAGCGAGGUGAUCGUCUAAGGCCAGAAGACCAAGUGCUCAUGAGAGCCUUGCGAGAUUUCAACGUGCCCAAGAUUGUGACUGACGACACUCCAGUCUUCAUGGGCUUGAUUGGAGACCUGUUCCCGGCUCUUGAUGUGCCUAGGAAGAGAGACUUCGAUUUCGAAAAGCAUUUGGUGAAUGCUGCUAUAGAUAUGAAACUACAGCCUGAACCGGGUUUCAUCUUGAAGAUGGUGCAACUUGUAGAACUGUUCGCCGUGCGACAUUCCGUUUUCAUCGACGGUUUUGCCGGCACUGGCAAGUCCAUGGUGUGGCAAUGUCUAAACAGAACUUACGCGAUGUUGAAAAUGAAGCCAUAUUACAACGACUUGGAUCCUAAAGCCGUGACUAAUGACGAGUUGUUUGGUAUCAUCAACCCGGCUACAAGAGAGUGGAAAGAUGGACUUUUCUCCACCAUAAUGAGGGACAUGGCUAACAUGCCUGGCGACGGACCUAAGUGGAUUGUCCUUGAUGGCGAUAUUGACCCUAUGUGGAUUGAGAGCCUGAACACGUUAAUGGAUGAUAACAAGGUGUUGACUUUGGCGAGUAACGAACGUAUCGCCCUAAACAAGACUAUGCGGUUACUGUUUGAGAUCGCUACGUUGAGAACAGCUACGCCUGCCACUGUGUCCAGGGCUGGUAUUCUGUAUAUCAACCCUCAAGAUCUUGGCUGGAAUCCUUUUGUGGCUUCAUGGAUCGACAUGAGAGGAGACGACGAGUCCGAAAAGGCCAUGCUAACAGUAAUGUUUGAUAAAUAUAUCCCGUCGCUUCUGGAGACUGCCAAGAAGUACAAGCGCAUAACUCCUUUAACCGAGCUGCAGCAAAUUCAGCUGACAUGCUAUCUGCUUGAAUGUUUCCUUAAGAAAUCUCUGUUGCCAUCAGACUGUCCCAAAGAAUGGUACGAAAUUUACUUCGUGUUUUGUGUGGUAUGGGGUUUCGGCUCCGGUCUUUUCCAAGAUCAACUGGUGGACUGGCGAAAUGAAUUCAGCAAAUGGUUCUGCAAUGAGUUCAAACAGAUCAAGUUCCCCUCUACAGGAAACGUUUUCAGCUUCUUUAUUGACCCUGAAACGAAGAAGUUCUUACCGUGGUCGGAGAAAGUGGAGCAUUUUGAGUUGGAUCCGGAUAUGCCAUUACAAUCAUGUUUGGUAUCAACAUCCGAGACUACUCGUAUCAAAUUCUUCAUGGAUCUUCUAAUAGCGAACGAAAGACCGGUGAUGCUCGUGGGAAGCGCCGGCAGCGGCAAGACUGUGAGCGUUGGCGCGAAGCUUAACUCUCUGCCGGAUUCCUACGCCAUUACCAAUGCUCCGCUUAAUUUUUACACCACCUCCGAAAUGUUACAAAAAGUGCUCGAAAAGCCUUUGGAAAAGAAAUCCGGGCGCAAUUUUGGCCCGCCUGGAAGCAAAUUCAUGAUAUACUUUGUCGACGAUAUGAAUAUGCCCGAAGUGGACACGUACGGAACAGUGCAGCCGCACACUCUGAUCAGAGAGUACAUGGAUUACAAACACUGGUAUGAUCGACAGAAGUUGUCGUUAAAGGAGAUUUCAAAUUGUAUGUUUGUCUCCUGCAUGAAUCCAACCGCAGGAUCUUUCUAUAUCGACCCACGCUUGCAAAGGCAUUUCUGUACCUUCGCUGUAAGUUUCCCAGCUCUCGACGCCUGCUUCCACAUCUACAAGCAAAUUUUGUCACAGCACUUAGCUAAUCCUCUGAACAAAUUUGGCCCACUAGUAACGCGCUACGCAGAGACACUGGUCAACACAGCUCUCGCGUUACACAGCAAAUUGGCUUCUAUGUUCUUGCCGACUGCGAUCAAAUUUCACUACAUAUUUAAUUUGAGAGAUCUCUCCAAUAUAUUCCAGGGUAUUCUAUUUACGACAGGAGACGCUAUAAAAACGCAUUCAGAGUUAGUGAGGCUGUGGUCUCACGAAGCUACCCGCGUGUACUCUGAUAAAUUUGUGGAGUCUCCGGACAUUGAUGCUUUCCACAAACUAAUACAGGAAGUUAUCAAAAAGAAUUGUGAAGAAAUUGAAGAAAACGUUGUAUUUGACAAGCCAUUAAUUUUCUGUCAUUUCGCGGAAGGAGUGGGUGAUCCAAAAUACUUCCCCAUAAAAGACUGGCCCCAAAUCAAGAAGCUACUUGACGAAUCUUUGGCCAGUUACAAUGAUUUGGUUGCUACUAUGAACUUGGUGCUUUUUGAAGAUGCGAUGUACCAUAUAUGCAGGAUAAAUCGUAUCCUUGAAGCUCCCAGAGGUAAUGCACUCCUGGUCGGCGUGGGAGGCUCUGGAAAGCAAUCUCUCUCGAGGCUGUCGUCAUUUAUUUCCUCGCUGGAAGUGUUCCAGAUCCAGUUACGGAAAGGCUACGCGUCGGCUGAUCUUAAAGCAGAUCUAGCUGUUUUGUACGUAAAAGCUGGUUUGAAGAAUAUCGGCAACGUGUUCCUGAUGACGGAUGCUCAGGUGGCCGAGGAACGAUUUCUGGUGCUGAUAAACGAUCUGUUAGCUUCCGGAGAAAUACCUGAGUUGUUUGCGGAAGACGAAACUGAGAAUCUUAUUAACGGCGUACGAGCAGAGACAAAAGCUAGCGGCGUGAUGGACACGAAAGAGAACUGUUGGCGAUUCUUCAUCAACAGAGUGCGAACUAUGCUAAAGGUGGUGUUAUGUUUCUCGCCGGUGGGCGCGACGCUCCGCGUCCGCGCGCGCAAGUUCCCGUCCAUCGUCAACUGCACCGCCAUCAACUGGUUCCACGAGUGGCCUACCGAAGCCUUGAAGUCUGUCUCCAGGCGUUUCCUUGCUGAAGUCGAGUCUUUACCGCCAAACUUCGUACAACCAGUCUCGGAUUUCAUGUCUCAUGUCCACCAAAGUGUGAACCAAAUGUCCGCCAUUUAUUUCCAAAACGAGCGGAGAUACAACUAUACGACGCCGAAGACUUUCUUGGAAUCCAUUGCUCUAUACAGUAAGCUAUUGAAUGAGAAGACGAAGAAUCUGCAUAUGAUGAUUACUAGGUUGGAGAAUGGAUUAGAAAAGCUUGCGUCCUGUGCGGCCGAUGUCGCCGUGUUAAAGGUGACGCUAGCGGAACAAGAAAUCAUAUUGAAAGUAAAAAAUAAAGCCGCUGAAGAGCUUAUCGAAGUGGUAGGCGCAGAGAGCGAGAAAGUGUCGAAGGAAAAAGCAUUCGGUAACCGCCGAGAGGAAAAGAAAGUUAAGGUCAUUGAAGAAGACGUCACAAUAAAGGCUAAGAUUUGCGCGGACGAUCUGGCCAAGGCUGAGCCGGCUCUGUUAGCGGCCCAAGAAGCCUUAAACACCUUAAAUAAGAACAACUUGACUGAGUUGAAGGCCUUUGGUUCUCCUCCUGAAGCCGUGGUUACUGUCACAGCGGCUGUGAUGGUAUUGUUUGCCAAGAAGGGAAAAAUUCCUAAAGAUCGGUCAUGGAAAGCUUGUAAGGUUAUGAUGGCAAAAGUAGAUCAGUUUUUGUAUGAUCUUGUCUACUACGACAAGGAAAACAUACAUCCAGAUGUUAUUAAGGCAGUUUUACCGUACCUCAAGCUACCAGAUUUUAGUCCAGAGGUUAUCGCAUCAAAGUCUGCGGCUGCAGCCGGUCUCUGCUCUUGGGUCAUCAACAUCUGCAAGUUCUACGAUGUGUUCGUCGUUGUAGAACCCAAACGAAAGGCUUUAAAUGCUGCAAACGCCGAGUUGCAAGCGGCUAGGGAUAAAUUAUCAUUCCUUACUGAUCAAAUUAAGGAAUUAGAAGAAAAAUUAGGAGUUCUAAUGAAAGCUUUCCAAGAAGCCGUAAACGAAAAGAUGAAAUGCCAGGCCGAAGCUGACGCUACCAAUUGUACUAUUGAUUUGGCUAACAGGCUGGUUAAUGGUUUGGCUUCUGAGAAAAUCAGAUGGUCCGCAACGGUGGUUAAUCUCAAGGAGUCUGGUGUAAUGUUGCCCGGUGACGUUCUCUUAGUUACCGCCUUUAUUUCGUACGUUGGUUGUUUUAUGCGUCGCUAUAGGCUGCUGCUCAUGAAUGAAGACUGGGUUCCGAACCUUGGAAAGACUAACCCUAAAAUCGAGACAACGCCAGGCCUAGACGCGUUGUCGAUGCUGACGGACGACGCGCAGGUGGCCACGUGGAACAACGAAGGGCUGCCCACCGACACUAUGAGCACGGAGAACGCCACCAUCCUCACCAACUCCGCGCGCUGGCCACUCAUGAUCGACCCCCAGCUGCAAGGAAUAAAAUGGAUUAAAUCGAAGUACGGCGAUAGUCUAACAGUGGUACGUCUCACGAUGCGAAACUACCUCGAUCGUAUAGAGAAAUCUGUUAGUAACGGAGAAGUUGUCCUUUUGGAGAAUAUUGGAGAAACAGUCGACGCUGUGCUGGAACCGCUACUGGGCCGCGUUCUCAUCAGGAAAGGCAAAGUUUUGAAGAUAGGUGACAGGGAAAUAGAUUAUAUGCCAAGUUUCCGACUGAUAAUUCAAACAAAACUGGCCAAUCCACAUUACCAACCCGAAAUGCAGGCUCAGUGCACUCUCAUCAAUUUCACCGUCACUAAAGAUGGACUUGAAGAACAACUCUUAGGCGAAGUAGUGAAAGCUGAAAGACCAGACUUGGAGAGUUUACGUGCUGGUCUUACCAAACAGCAGAAUGAGUUCAAGAUCACCCUGAAAACCCUCGAAGAUGACUUGCUAAAACGGCUGGCGAAUGCCGGUGCAGACAUUCUUAGCGACUCUGCCUUGGUGAUCAAUUUGGAGACCACGAAAAAAACUGCCGCUGAUAUCGAAAUAAAAGUAGAGGAGGGUAAAAUUACAACUGUGAAGAUUGAUGACGCCAGAGAGAAAUACAGACGAGCAGCCACACGUGCUUCUAUAUUGUAUUUCAUUUUGAACGACUUGUGCAAGAUCAAUCCUAUUUAUCAGUUCUCUCUGAAAGCGUACAGUGUCGUGUUCAAAGAUGCUUUGGCCAAAGCUGAAGUCGCGGAUGAACUGGAGCACAGAGUUAGGAACCUCCUCGACAGCAUCACCUACUUUGUAUUCGUUUAUACUAGCAGAGGCCUGUUCGAGAGAGACAAAUUAGUCUUUUUGUUCAUCAUCACUUUACAGAUUUUGCAAAAUGAUGGAAAAGUAGAUCCACGAGAAUUGGAUUUUUUGUUGAAGUAUGCUGUAGCACCAGAAAAUUCUCCAUAUAGCUGGCUCUCUAAUAACAGUUUUGGUGGUAUAGUGGCCUUGUCUAAGAUGGAUGCCUUUGAGAACUUGGAUAAGGAUAUAGAGGGUGCAGCGAAGAGAUGGCAAAAGUACACGGAUGGUGAAGCGCCGGAAAGAGAUAAAUUGCCCGGAGAAUGGAAAAACAAAUCGUCGUUACAGCGUCUUUGUAUUAUGCGAGCCCUGCGGCCCGACCGAAUGUCCUAUGCGUCAAACGCCUUUUGUGAAGAGAAUUUGGGGACAAAGUUCGUUGAAGCGAGAACUCCACCACUAGAAAAAUCAUUUGAAGAAAGUAAUUCAACAACUGCUAUGUUCUUCAUCUUGUCGCCAGGAGUAGACCCCUUGAAGGAUUUAGAAAAACUAGGUCGCAAACUGGGCUUUGCUACUGACAAGAAGAAUUUCCACAUCGUGUCUCUGGGUCAAGGGCAAGAGGUGGUCGCAGAAGAGGCUUUGGGCGUGGCGUCGGUGGGUGGCCACUGGGUUAUUCUGCAGAACAUCCACUUGGUGGCCAAAUGGUUGGCGACGUUGGAAAAGAAGAUGGAAGAAUGCUUCGAAAGCCCGUUAGAUGCUUAUAGAUUAUUCUUGAGUGCUGAGCCCGCUGCAGAUCCUGCGUAUCACAUAAUUCCUCAAGGUAUCUUAGAAUCUGCUAUCAAGAUUACCAAUGAACCCCCCAGUGGUAUGUGGGCCAACUUACAUAAGUCUUUGGAUAACUUCAGUCAAGAAACUCUGGAGAUGUGCAGUAAGGAGGCGGAGUUUAAAUCCGUGUUAUUUGCUUUAUGCUAUUUCCAUGCCGUGGUUGCAGAGCGGCGCAAAUUCGGCCCGCAAGGCUGGAACAGAUCGUAUCCAUUUAAUUUCGGUGAUCUCACUAUUUGCGUAUACGUAUUGUACAACUACCUAGAAGCAAAUCCUCGUGUUCCGUGGGAGGACUUGCGGUAUCUGUUCGGUGAGAUUAUGUACGGCGGUCACAUCACCGAUGACUGGGACAGGCGAUUGUGUCGCACUUUCUUGCUGGAGUACAUGCAACCCGAGCUGGUGGAUGGUGAAUGCGUUUUGGCCGUUGGUUUUACUUCGCCGCCUAAUUCCGACUACGUCGGCUAUCAUCAGUAUAUCGACGACUUUUUGCCCGACGAGACUCCUUAUCUGUACGGGUUGCACCCUAAUGCUGAGAUUGGAUAUUUGACGACAGUGUCAGAAAGACUUUUCAGGGUCGUGUUUGAACUACAACCACGAGACACUGGCGCACAAGCUGGUGGAGGUGCCACCAAGGAAGAAACGGUCAAAGCCAUAAUAGAAGACAUCCUAGACAGAGUGCCCGAGCCUUUCAAUCUGCAAGAGCUGAUGGGUAAAGUGGAAGAGUUGACUCCUUACAUUAUCGUCGCCUUCCAAGAGUGUGAGCGUAUGAACCGGCUCAUGGGUGAAAUACGAAGGUCUCUCAAAGAGUGCGAGCUCGGACUUAAGGGCGAGCUGACGAUCAGCAGCGACAUGGAGAAAUUGAUGGAGGCACUCUUUAUAGACCGCGUUCCCGACGCAUGGACCAAACUGGCUUACCCCAGUUUACUGGGCCUGGCCUCUUGGUUCGCCGACCUUUGCCUGCGACUUACUGAGCUUGAGAACUGGUCUGGAGAUUUCAAUUUGCCUCCAGCGGUAUGGUUGGCCGGCUUCUUCAAUCCACAGUCGUUCCUGACGGCCAUCAUGCAGCAAACCGCCAGGAAAAACGAGUGGCCGCUCGACAAGAUGUGUCUCAACUGUGACGUCACUAAAAAGAGUCGUUCUGACUUCAAUGCCCCACCCCGUGAAGGCGCAAACAUCCACGGUCUGUACAUGGAAGGCGCGCGCUGGGACACGGCCAGCGGUGGUAUCGUGGAGUCGCGCAUGAUGGAACUGUUCCCGAUAGUCCCCGUCAUCUACAUCAAGGCCGUGACACAAGAUAAGCAAGAUACUCGUAACGUGUACGAGUGCCCUGUCUAUAAGAUCCGAAUGCGAGGGCCUACAUUCGUGUGGACUUUCAACUUGAAGACCAAAGACAAACCUACACGCUGGACUCUAGCCGGUGUUGCCCUACUGCUCGGCGUAUAGGCUGUAGUGAAAACUCCACAUAAAAAGUAUGUUUUUAUUCGUUUAUUAUUUUAUAUCGUUAUUUUAUUUUAUGGUCUAGUAGCGUAGCGUACAAGUAUUAAAGCUUCUUGACUUUUCAUAGUGGUUCCACUAGUUAAUUUCGCUAAUUACUUACAUUAUUUAACUCAGACGAACAAUCAUGGUUUAAGAGUCGUGACGCCACGGCGCUGGACCUUCUUAGGUGUAAUUGUUAUGUACAUAUUGUUGUUUAAUUAUGUGAUUCUUAUUUAAUCGAGCUACUUAAAUAAAGUCGUAU